AUGGCCGCAUCUCACUGCUCGGAUGCCCCUCCACAAAACACCUGUCUUCAAGUCCCACAAACAACUCAAGCGUCUUGUCAUACGAGCUUGUCAUCAUACGUUGGCUAUCGGGAAAAUCUGCGACUGCGGUUGCGCCGCUCUCAUGAUCUUCAACAACGUGCGGUGCUGGAAACGAGCUUCGAUAUCUUGCUGGAUGCUGAAGAUGUAGAGCACGGUCAAGGUAGACUUUGGAGGGAUUGUGGCUGUCUUUCUUUGAGCUGCAGAGGUGCACACCCUAGUAAGACAUGGACCCCAUUCAUCUCUUCAGGUGAAUAUGUCUCCCUUACCGCUCUUUCUCGCCUCAUUAAUCUUGCAACUAGUCUCAAGGACGAUGUCAUCCUCAUAUCACAACCUGCUGAAGCUCAAACUUCUUCGCCGUCGCCUGUGUUGUCUCAUGUAUUCAAUACCUUCUUCGCCGCAGCUUGCUACUCCAUCUCACCAGCACAGGCCAAUGAUGCAUGGACACUCCUACGACAUGUUAUCUGGCAUGGUGCCAUUGAUAUGGAUGUCAGCUCAAUAUGGGAACAUGAUGCGCAGCGCAGGGGAUCCGAUCGCCGCUCCAAGGUCAUCAUAAGGUAG